ACAGUAUGGAUUUAAUGACAUUUUUUUAUUUAUUUGAUAUAUAAUUGUGACAAAUGUGGAAAAUUGCAAUUUAUAAAGAGGCAAACAAUAUUAGCACUUACGUAACUGAUUAUCAUUAAUAAGAGUCAAUUAAACUUGAGCUCCAUCCUUUGUAAUGGUCUGCUUUACUGCUUUAAACAUUUUAUAUUAUACUUUUACAUUUUCUCCAGUUAAAUCUGCCGUUAACUUGUUGCAAAACUGACUCAUACAUCACAUUUAACCUUUAUUGACAAAAGAAAAUUAGAUGUGCUUAAAUGUACGCGGCGCUGCGCAGAACGAUCAGCAUAUGACAUCAAAAUUCCCCGAGAACGAGCGAUGCUCUCGAUGUACUCUCGCGGUAUUUACUAAUCGGACUGCGCAGCCACGCAUGAAUGCGGACGCGCAUAUUUAUGAUAACAAUCAACUUAAAAUAUGUCUUAUUUUUUGGCCUAAGUGGUGAAAUUGAGUUAUUUUUAGAGUCAAUUCCAAUCCACGCUUCUUUUGAAAAUCAAGGAUAUUGCUGCAUACUCACUCAUCUGUGUGCAUUUGCCAUCUAUGCAUUUCCGGUUUCUGUGAGGGGAAAAAGCAGAGGAGUCCGUUAAACGUACGAAAAUGCAGUGUGCUGGUUAUCCUGAAGAGAAACUGCGCUCUCUGGCUGAUAGACUGCCAUGCAGAGAGACACAGGUGACCACGCUACUGUCACUCAUGGGAGAGCCAGAUCAGUACAGCUAUCCAUCAAUCUUCAUUUAUGGCCAUAGAGCAACAGGGAAGAGUCAUGUGGUGCUCUCUAUCAUGAAGGACCUGGAGCUUCCUCACACUUUCGUGGACUGUGUGGAGUGUGUGUCUCCUGCGCUCCUGUUUCACCGGGUGCUCUUGGCCUUUUUCAGUCCAGAUGCUGCAGCGACACUGCCCCGCUGUCCGUCUUUGUCAGACUUUGUCAGGCUUUACAAACAAAUGAGCUCAAAGACACCUGCUACCCAGACACGCUAUAUAAUUCUGGAUAGAGCUGAACGCACAAGAGAUAUGGAUUUCAGCCUGCUUCCUGCUCUCCUGCGCUUACAGGAACUGGUCAGUGAUAAUGUGACUGUUAUCCUGCUCAGCCAAGUCGUCUGGGAGAAGUUUCGCCCAACCACUGGCUGCUUUGAACCUCUGCUUUUUCAUUUUCCAGACUACAAUAAAGCGGAUCUUGUGCAGAUUCUGUCUCGUGAUCAUCACCCCUCUUACACACCUGAGCUCUACGCCUCCUACAUCAACAUCUUAUUAGGGGUCUUUUUCUCAGUGUGCAGGGAUCUAAGGGAACUCGGACACCUGGCUGCCUUGAAUUUUCCCAAGUUCUGUGAGCCGCUGGAGAAAGGAGAAGCAAAAGAGAGCGAUGUUCACAAGCUAUGGAGAAAUAUCGAGCCCCAUCUGCAAAGAGCCAUGCAGACAGUUUACCUCAGAGAGGUGUCCAGCAUGCAAUGGAAGGAACAGCAGAUGGAUGAGAAGGAGACCACAACACCUAGAGGUUUAUCAGCCCAUGCUCACAUUGAGCUGCCAUAUUAUUCCAAGUUUCUGCUAAUCGCUGCAUACCUGGCGUCUUUUAACCCCGCACGCACAGACCGACGUUUCUUUCUUAAGAGUCAUGGGAAAAUAAAGAAGACAAACUUCUUGAAGAAACACGAGAAGACUAGUAACCAUCUGUUGGGACCGAAGCCUUUUCCACUUGACAGACUGUUGGCCAUAUUCUACAGCGUUGUUGAUAGCAGAGUUGCACCUACUGCCAGUAUCUUCUCGCAGAUCAUGUCUUUAGUGUCUCUUCAGCUUCUCACACAGAUUGGACAUGAUGACCAGCUGGACGCACCCAAAUUCAAAUGUGCAGUUUCGAUGGACUUCAUUCUCGCCAUUUCCAGAACUGUUAACUUUGAUGUGGUGAAAUAUCUUUAUGACUUCCUAUGAGGCUGCUUAUCUGAUUGGACAAAGCAUUUAGGAUUAUUCGAAUGACAGCAGAAGAAAUGAGCUCUACACUUUCUAACCUUUUAUAAGGAGAAUACGAUUGUAGCAAAUGACUGAAACUGUGUUUACUGCUUCUGGUGUGUUGAUUGUGUCAGUUUUAAAGAUGAUGGCUUUAUGAAAGGCAUGACAUCACUUUCGAACCAUAAUGCCACGGCUGCAUCACAUGCUUCUUCAAAUGCUUCAAUGCAAAUGCAGAUGUUAUGAUCAGUGUUCAAUCUACAUUGAAAAUAUGUUGUGUCUUCUUUGGAUCUUUUGUUAAACAACAAGGGGCUUUGUAAAAUGACCUUGUUAUUCUUAGCAAAGCUACGUUGAAUAACAAUUACCCUCGCAGUGGCAGAGAAACAAUGCCUAAACAGAAAUUAAACACAUUAAGAAAAAUUAAUUGUUUGUUCGCUGGAAUGUAAGUGAUUGAUAUGUAGUUUUUUUAUAAAUCUAUAAUUAUUUGGUGUUACAGUCGGUUAAUUCAGCUUUUGAGAGCCAGCUGGUUAGAGAAGCGUCUGACUCACAAGGUCUCAAUGAUAAUAGAUUGCUGUUGUCAGGGAAACUAGCAGACCAAAGUUAAAAGACUCCAUAUUGUGACUCAGGAAUUCACAUAGAAUGAUGUCACUGGAAAAAAAAGAUAGCGUCUUGGAGGACAGUGAUUUUGGUGACAUUUUUAUUGCACAAAUACUACACCAGUUUAUUAACAAGCAGUUUUGCAGUACAUCAGAAGGCACCUUUAUAAUGUGUCUAUGUCAUCAAAGAGACUGUUUAAAGCUUUGCAAUAGCACAACAAACCACUUUUGCACUCAUACAAGAAAGAGAAUUCAAGGUGGAAAUGUUGAAUAUACAGUGUAUGUUAAUAUUAAAGUCGUUGAAGUUAACAUUACUCACUUUGUAUUAGGGUGGUCGACAAUAUUUUUUUAUCCUGAAGUUUGACAUUUUAUUUAAAACUAUUGUUAAC